ACCCGCAUCACUUCUGAUCUAGACUCCCAACUUUCCACCAUUUCGUCAGGUUCAGGUUAUGAGCUUGUUUUAAGCAUUGCUUUAAGGAUUGGAAGAUACUUAUACCUCCAAGCCCAAUCUCGUUGUGGAUAAUAACGUGGAUAUUUCAUAAGGAUAUUAGUUGGAAAGUAAAUCCCUAGCCCGUGGUAAAAUGGACCAAAGUGAAUUUCCGAGGAGCGGUCAGCGGCAGGCACCCUCCACCCCUCCCAAGCGAGAGGCUUGGAGCCCCACCUUCGACGGCCCUCCAUCUCAUCAAUAUACCAACGAGAGGAGAGAUGGUGGAGUCUACCGGCCAUCGUCUUCGAUAUCAGGUCGCGAUCUACGGGUUCAUCCUGUUGACGAUCGUGGCAGGUUGAUAGAUCCGGAGGAACAGGAAGAGCAAGGAGUGAGAAGAAGACGAAGAAGGACCAAAGGAGGGGAUGGAUGCUUUUGCUGUGUAUGUGGUAGCGUCAUCACCAUCUUGAUCAUCACCAUCAUCGUGGUUGCCGUAAUAGUCUUAUGGGUAGUGACAGAUUUCCAAUUUGGUUCAUCAGAUUCCUCCGUUACAUCAACUACAGCUGUGGCAGCAGCAUCUACAACAACUACCAUACCCACCACAGUGGAUACAAUGACGACAAAUGAAGAGGUUACUGCAGAAAUGGUAACAUUUGACAUGACAACCACCGAUUCAAUGACGAGUCAAACUAGUGAGGCGUGGGCUACCACGGAUGAAUAUUCAACAGCAUUCGAAUCUACAACAGCAGAAUCUGUAACAAAUUAAUCAAACUUGAGAUGGACAUUGUUAGAAGAGUUAUCAAACAUUCCUUAACUAAAAGACGAGCGAUAUGCAUUUUUUGGCCUUUUGAAAUUUCUAGAUACAAAGCGAAUUGAAUAACUUAUCAUCCGAAUAGAGGGAUAGAUGCAAGCAGUUCAGCAAACAAAGAAA